AUGGCUGCACUCCCCAUCGCGACUGCACACGACCUGCCCGUCGACGCUGCCUUCACCAAGGGCCUGCCCAAGAUUGAGCUUCAUGCCCACUUAACCGGCAGCAUCAGUCGCGACUGCCUGCACGCCAUAUGGGAGACAAAGAAAGCACGGCAGCCUGACUUCGACCUCGAGGACCCUUUGGUCGCCAUACCCGCGGGCAAGGUCGACUACGAUAUCAAAACGUUCUUCCCGCUGUUUUCGUCAUACAUCUAUCGCCUUUGCAGUGAUUUGCCGAGCAUCCAGUACUCCACCAGGGCUGUGUUGCAAGACUUCCAGGAUGAUGGGGUAGUAUACGUUGAGCUUCGAACGACCCCAAGAGCGAUCCUCGGAGAAGGCGUUACCAAAGACGACUACGUGAAGACCGUUUUGGACAUACUCAAUGCCCACAACGACGAUGCUAACAACACCAUGCGAGCUUUCCUCAUACUAUCAAUCGACCGUCGCAACAACGUCGCAGAUGCGGAAGAAGUCGUCGAUCUCGCUAUCAAGUAUCAGUCCGCCGGCGUUGUUGGUGUCGACCUAUGCGGCGACCCAGCGAAAGGUGACAUUCGCAUAUUCGGCGACAGCUUCGCUCGGGCAAAGGCUGCCGGACUGAAGAUCACGCUGCACUUUGCCGAGAGCGAAAAUUCUUCCUCGGAUUUGGAGCUGCAAACACUCCUGUCAUGGCAACCUGACAGACUGGGUCAUGUCAUACAUGUCAAAGAUGAGUUCAAAAAGACUAUCGAGCUGCACGGAAUCGGAGUUGAGCUGUGCCUCAGCUGUAACGUCCAUGCCAAGAUGAUCCCGGGCACUUACUCGGACCACCACUUUGGAGUGUGGCGACACAGUAGUGUUCCCGUCGCUCUGAGCACGGAUGAUGUAGGUGUCUUUUGCAGCCCUCUCUCGCAAGAGUACUACUUCGCAGCGCAGCAUUUCCACUUGGACCGAAAAGAUAUCAGAGCACUUUGCGAGAGAGCCAUCGAGUCGAUCUUCACAGGUCCAGAUGAGCAGGCCCACCUCAAGCGAAUCCUCUCGAUUUGGGACGGAUGGGAGAUGUGA